UUCAUUACAUCUUAACAUACUAAUUCUAACUGGAGUCCCAUUACUAAUUUUUUUUUAUUAUAUCAAACGUAGUGAUCACCAACUCACACAAAUUAAGUAACAGAGUCUCUAAAACAGGCAUCACAGGGAAGUACAUUCAAACGAAGUUUUAUAAGUAGAUUCAGAGUCCCUGAUUCCUAAACACAUAUUUAAGCUACAUUGUGUUCUCAGUAGUCCAUUGAAUUUAAUAGUUAUUUAUAGUAUAUGAAGUCAUAUCAUUAAGCAAAUGCAUAAGUCAUUGCAAUAGAGGGGCUAUACAUUUUAAGAAACUUUUAUGACCAUCCUAUCUGACCUUGUGCACAUCCCCAAGCAGACCACUGCCUUCCAGUUUCAUUCAUGGAGCCCAGGAGCUUCCAACCAGCUGAAGUGGAUCACAGUUCUGUUUAGAUACUAAACUGUGUUGGUUUUUUUUUUUUAAUUUUGCAUAUUUACAGUUCUAUAUGUUAUACUGCGUAGUGGCACCUUACUGCUUUCAUUGACAGCAGUUGGAAGCAAUAGGACUACUAAUAGGCUUGUUCAUAUACAGAUUUUCUCCUGCGUGGGAUGUGUGAUCAGCCCAGUGUUCAGAUUCCUAACCGGUGACUCUCAGUUCUGUGUCAGAUGGCAUGAAACUGUACCAGUUAUGACUGAUAGAGGCGUUUUUCCUCAAUGGUUGGGAGGAGGCUGGCCUGGUGAUUAUCUUCUUGGAGAAGUUUGGUGUCUCUCCUUGUAGCCCUCACAGCAUGCUUCAAAGCUGUUCAUGACCCAUAUUCAGGAUCUCUUUCAAGAAGGCUUGGGCUGGCAUAAUGUAAGUGACAUUCUGGUACUCGGGGGCGGAUCUGAGUGAAAGAUCGCAAGGAAAUCUGUCUGAGGAUGUUUUCUUCAGGUUUGUAAAGAUUUCAGGUUACACUAAGUGAAUCUAAAGAAAAGUAUGGAAAGGCUGUAUGUAGACUGUAUACUGUGAUACCUCAACUUCCACAACUCUUGUAUCACCAUUCUGGACUAAAACAUUCGCUUUCUUUUUCCAGAUCCCCUUAACCAGUCUAUUUUUCGUCUUUUGAGGGAAUCACCACUCCACAAGUGCAUGCAUUACAAUCAUUCACCAUGUGCAUGAUGAGGAACACCUCAAUACUUGGAACAUGCUGUGAGCUUCAGUGCCAGCAUAUUGAAUUCUGAUACCCAACACCUGACUUCAGCAUUUGAAGACUGAGUGUUGAAGAGAAAAUCUGAAUGGUCUGGAGGAAUAAAUGAAAAUAGAGCUCUGCACUUUUCAAAAAGAGGUCUUGAUUUACAAAUCUGGCAGAAAUUAUGUUUACAGAAGGAAUCCAGACAGUAUUGUUUUAUAUCUUGGGUACUCUACUAAUAAAGUGUCCCUUAUAAAUAUCAAAAAUGUGACAUUGAGCUAUUAGAGAGGAAGGGAAAAUACUCCUGAGGAUAGCUUUGUUCCAAGCACAGGGGCAUCAAUUAUAUGCCCAGAUGUUUUCAGCCUCUCACUCUUCAGUAUUGACUUAUGCAGCUUUGCAGAAAAUUAGUUCAGAAAGGAGGUGUGAAUAAAAGAUAAUAAAGAAUGAUUUAGUCAUCUGCAAGAUGUAAAUGAAAACCACCUAAAUUCCCACCACUUACAGUACCACUUGUCAUAUACCAGAAUCAUGUCUGCAUGAUUAUGUUAACAUUUUGCUUUAACAAUGAUGUCAUUGAUGUGAUGUGAUGGAAAGUCUAGCUUAGGACAGUACCUCAUCUACUGUGUAAGCUGAAGUUUUCAACAAGUUAAUAUUUCUUCAGUGUUGGACUUUAUAUGAAACAUUCUAUUUCAGCAAAAAAGUAAGCAUCUUUCUUCAUCAUCUCAGAAAGAUUACACUGGAAAGUGAAAAGUGAAAUCAGAGCAGAGGAUGACUCAGUAUAACCAUUCAGCAGAGCUCUCUCUCCAGAGCUUAGCAAAUAAGUCAUUAAAUUUCACUGAAACACCACUGGCUUUGGAUGAAAGGACGCUAUUAGGGCUGAAGAUUUCACUGUCAGUCCUUCUGUCUGUUAUAACUUUGGCAACGAUCCUUGCAAACAUUUUUGUUGUUAUUACAAUUUUUCUGACUAGAAAGCUCCACACACCUGCAAAUUACCUCAUUGGCUCCUUGGCAGUGACUGAUCUUUUAGUGUCUGUCCUGGUAAUGCCCAUCAGUAUUGCUUACACUGUCACCCACACGUGGGCCUUUGGCCAAGUGUUGUGUGAUAUCUGGUUAUCAUCAGACAUCACGUGCUGCACAGCCUCAAUCCUACACCUCUGUGUUAUUGCACUGGACAGAUACUGGGCUAUCACAGAUGCUUUGGAAUAUGCCAAACGCCGGACUGCUGGCCGAGCAGCGCUCAUGAUUGCUGUGGUCUGGAUGAUAUCUAUUAGUAUUUCUGUGCCACCAUUUUUCUGGAGGCAAGUGAAAGCUCAUGAAGAAAUUGCAAAGUGUACUGUGAACACAGAUCAAAUUUCCUACACAAUUUAUUCCACUUUUGGAGCUUUCUACAUCCCGACUGUGCUCCUUCUGAUAUUGUAUGGUAGAAUUUAUGUAGCAGCUCGAUCCAGGAUUCUGAAGCCGCCCUCAUUAUAUGGGAAACGUUUUACUACUGCACACCUGAUUACUGGCUCUGCUGGGUCUUCCCUCUGCUCCAUUAAUGCCAGCCUUCAUGAAGGGCAUUCCGAUUCAGGUGGAUCCCCCAUAUUUAUCAAUCAUGUUAAAAUAAAACUUGCAGAUAGUGUCCUGGAAAGGAAAAGAAUUUCUGCUGCAAGAGAAAGGAAAGCCACCAAAACUUUAGGCAUUAUUCUGGGAGCUUUCAUUUUCUGCUGGCUGCCUUUUUUUGUCAUGUCCUUAGUCCUACCAAUCUGCCAAGAUGCUUGUUGGUUUCAUCCCAUCCUACUGGACUUUUUUACAUGGUUAGGUUACUUAAACUCAUUGAUCAAUCCAGUCAUUUAUACAGCUUUUAAUGAAGAAUUUAAACAGGCUUUCCAAAAACUAAUACAUUUCAAAAAGUGUUCAUCUUGAGCCUCUCCUGUUGUGUUACUGACCCUUGUGGAAUCUUGCAGCCUACCUGGAAACUUUCUGUGCUUUUACGCUGCUGCUACCCUGUGCUGUGCAUGUAACUGGGAACUUCUUGCCAAUUUGGUACUUUCUGUCUGGAAUUCUGUAUCCCAUAACAGAACUUGUCUGUGGUCUAUGCAGUAAUUGUUUGUGUAUAUAAGAUCAACACAUGAAGUAAGCUUUGUAACAAGUGAAGGAGUGUGAACCAGAGAGCUGAGUUUGUAUGAUGAGAUGACACAUAUUAUCCAAAGCUGUCAUGCCUUUCUAACCUGAUGGGAGGAAAAAUGUGUGCAUAUUUGCAGGACAUCGGUAUUUCUGCUGUAUAUUAUUAACAAUUUAUGUAGGCUGAGAAAAUUUCUGGGGAACAGGAUCUGAUGUCUACAUUUUCUAUGGCAUGUAUUCUAUCCAUUUGAAAUUGAUAAAACCUGUAAUUUUUUCAGAAGCUGUGUGACAGCCUGACUCUAAGCAGCAGGGCAUAGAAGGCAUAGCGUGUAUGUAAGUUCUGUGGAUAUUUCACAAAUACUGCAUCUGAAGCUAUGCUUUUGGUGAACUGUAGAAAGAAGACAAUUUAUUUGAAAAAAUCUUUACAUGUUUUAUCAUUAAUAGAAUAGCCAGUGCAGAAAUACCACAAAAUAAAUAGCAUGAAAAUUA